AUGACAACUACCACUGUGACCGGCACAGGGCGACGCUCCUCGAUACGGCAGCCCGUUCUACAGACAACGCCAGCGACGGUCUCCAACAACCAACCUAUGACGAGCCCUGUAGACAAGUUUCCACAGUUUCAUGAUGAGAUCUAUGACACUCCGCAGGAGCUCAGGGAGCCUUUCUCAAAUUCCACAGUAAAAUAUGCUCCGAAUGAUCGUUGGGAACCAGCGAAAGCGGGACAUUUAGUCCGGGAUUAUGCUACUCGAUCACCCAGAGAUUCAAAGCGAAAACCGAGAAAGAGCAUAAGCGAAACUAUCACUGCUAUAAGAACACGCAAUGGCAGUGUCAGUGCCAACGCACAGGAGUUGGCUCAUGCUCUUCGAGCACCAGUUUCAUAUAAACUCAUAGCCCUUUGCCUCGUCUGGUAUAUGACCUCCGCGCUGACGAACACAUCAUCGAAGUCCAUCUUAAACGCUCUACCCAAGCCGAUUACGCUCACAAUCAUCCAAUUUGCCUUUGUAUCAUUAUGGUGCCUACUUCUUUCAUAUCUAUCAACUUUGCUGCCAGGGCUCAAAACGAGCAUACCGGCCCUCAAGAACAAUAUUCGCCCUCCAUCCCGUGAUGUUAUUAUGACUGCGCUACCCUUGGCUGUAUUUCAGCUUGCCGGACAUAUCCUCAGCUCCAUGGCUACUGCGCAAAUCCCCGUCUCACUUGUUCAUACUAUCAAGGGACUUUCACCCCUUUUCACCGUGCUGGCCUACCGCAUAUUUUUCCGCAUUCGAUAUGCUAGAGCGACCUAUUUAUCACUUGUUCCUCUGACCCUAGGUGUCAUGCUUGCCUGCUCCACCGGAUUUUCCACCAAUUUCUUCGGAAUCCUCUGCGCUUUAGUCGCCGCUCUAGUCUUUGUGUCCCAGAAUAUUUUUUCGAAAAAGCUUUUCAAUGAAGCAGAGCGUGCAGAGUCCGAUAUGCAGUCCUCUGGCCGCCGGAAACUCGAUAAAUUAAACCUCCUGUACUAUUGCUCUGGGCUGGCCUUCUUACUUACAUUACCCCUUUGGUUCAUCACCGAAGGUUAUCCUUUGAUCUCCGACCUCAUGCAAGACGGUGCCAUAUCCCUAUCAGGCAAGAAGAACUCGCUGGACCACGGCGCUCUUUUCCUCGAAUUUGUGUUCAAUGGAGUGUCCCAUUUCGCACAGAACAUUUUAGCCUUUGUUCUUCUUUCCAUGAUCUCGCCCGUAUCUUAUUCUGUCGCAUCUCUUGUUAAAAGAGUGUUCGUGAUUGUCGUUGCUAUCGUCUGGUUCGGCAACUCUACGACAUCAAUUCAAGGAUUCGGCAUUGCUCUCACAUUUUUUGGACUAUACCUCUACGAUCGCAAUAGCCAUGACGAUGCCGCCGACCAGAAAGCGAACGCCGAUCACUUCCAUUUGAAGGAGACUAUUCUUCCUCUCAACGCUCAAACAACCGGCAAGAGAUGGGAUUCCAAUGGUUAUGCAUUUCCUCAGGGAAAGGCUGUUGGCCAGCAAUCUUCCAGUGAACCACCCUCUUUCUCAAACAACCUAAAAAGGGACGAUGAGUUUGGUCGUGCCCGUCCAAGGGCAAGCAGUAACUCGAAAGCAUGGCUGCCUCCAGGCACUAAACAAGAGUCGACCUGGCAAGCAAGUGACUCUUGA